GCGCUUCUGGGCAUGGGCAGGUGGGAAGAGCAGGCUAAGUUUGGCCCCAGUUAGAAGGAGGUGGGAGUGGAAGCAGGAGGUUGCUGCGGCUGGGAAACCUUUGCUUGCUUGCUGCUGAGCUGGAGAAGCAGCUCCCGCUGCCGCCGCUGCCAACAUGGCUGCUGAAGACUCCAGCUCCUUGCCCUGGUCAAUCAACAAGGAUGAUUACGAGCUGCAGGAGGUGAUUGGGAGUGGAGCAACAGCAGUGGUGCAAGCAGCCUAUUGUAGUCCGAAGAAAGAGAAGGUGGCAAUCAAGCGGAUCAACCUCGAGAAAUGCCAGACCAGCAUGGAUGAGCUCCUGAAAGAAAUUCAAGCCAUGAGUCAGUGCCAUCAUCCGAACAUCGUAUCUUACUAUACUUCUUUUGUAGUGAAAGAUGAACUCUGGUUAGUGAUGAAGCUUCUUAGUGGAGGGUCUGUUCUGGAUGUUAUUAAGCACAUUGUGGCGAAAGGAGAACACAAGAAUGGAGUCCUGGAUGAACCUGCGAUAGCCACGAUCCUGAAGGAGGUCUUGGAAGGACUGGAAUACCUGCAUAAAAAUGGGCAAAUCCACAGGGAUGUGAAAGCUGGAAACAUUCUUCUAGGAGAAGAUGGCUCAGUCCAGAUUGCAGACUUCGGUGUUAGUGCAUUUUUAGCCACUGGUGGCGACAUUACCCGAAACAAAGUGAGAAAAACCUUUGUGGGCACACCUUGCUGGAUGGCACCUGAAGUCAUGGAGCAGGUGAGAGGUUAUGAUUUCAAGGCGGACAUCUGGAGUUUUGGAAUCACAGCCAUUGAGUUGGCUACAGGGGCGGCUCCUUACCACAAAUAUCCACCCAUGAAGGUCUUAAUGUUGACGCUACAGAACGAUCCACCCUCGCUAGAGACAGGUGUGCAGGAUAAGGAGAUGUUGAAGAAGUAUGGGAAGUCUUUCAGGAAGAUGAUUUCGUUGUGCCUGCAGAAAGACCCAGAGAAAAGACCAACAGCAGCUGAACUUCUAAGACACAAAUUUUUCCAGAAAGCAAAGAAUAAAGAAUUUUUACAAGAAAAAAUGUUGCAGAGAGCCCCAACGAUCACCGAAAGAGCCAAAAAGGUCCGGAGAGUUCCUGGCUCCAGUGGGCGUCUUCAUAAGACGGAAGAUGGCGGCUGGGAAUGGAGUGACGAUGAGUUAGAUGAAGAGAGCGAGGAGGGCAAAGCAGCAAUUUCACAGCUCAGGUCGCCCAGAGUGAAAGAAUCAUUACAGAAUUCUGAGCUCUUUCCAUCGGCUGAGCCCACAGGCCCUUUGCUCAACGUCCCAGCCCAGCCACCUCAACUACCUCAGCCUGCAGGGCAGCCCCCCGCACAGCCUACUCCAGCUGUCCCCCCUCCAGCUUCUCAGGCGGCAGCGGCAGCGGCAGCAGCUCCUCUACCAGCACAGGCACCUCCUGCUCCUGCAGCAGCCCCAGCACAAGAGGAAACAAAAAUACCUAUCAGCCUUGUUCUAAGGUUAAGGAAUUCAAAGAAAGAACUCAAUGACAUCCGAUUUGAAUUCACCCCAGGGAGAGAUACUGCUGAUGGGGUAUCCCAAGAACUCAUCUCGGCUGGGCUUGUCGAUGGCAGAGACUUAGUAAUAGUUGCUGCCAACUUACAAAAAAUUGUGGAAGAGCCGCAGACGAACCGAUCUGUCACUUUCAAACUGGCAUCUGGCGUUGAAGGUUCCGAUAUCCCCGACGACAGCAAGCUCAUUGGGUUUGCCCAGCUCAGCAUCAAUUGAAACGACGCUUCGAGACGAUGGUGUCCCUCCCUACUGCGGGUGCAGCUUUUGAACACUUCUGUCGGCCUAAAAGCAAAACCACUACUGCCAAAGAACCAAACUACAGGCCCCUUUCUUAGAAGCUUUAACCUCGUUUCUUUCCUGAGUAGCAUCGCGGCCUCCCCCUACGCCGCCUCUUCCUCCUCUGCUGCUGCUGCUGCUGCCGCCGCCCUUAGAGACCGUUGGCUUCUCAUCCACUCGCAUGCCAUUUUCACAUUUCCUUCAUCUCAGAUGUGCAGACCCAGCCUUUCGUCGCCUGCAUGUUUGUAGUUUUUAUUAUUGCCUUAACUGUUUAAAGUACAGAAGAAGGAGAAGAAGCCAGGAAUACUACUGAGAGUACGAAACGGGGCUUCCACUACUCUUUACCAUGAUUGAUUUGUCUGUUGGUUUCUUAUGUUGUAUUGAAUUGUAUUUUGGGGUGGGUUUUUUGUUCACUUGACCCGCAUAGUUGUUGCUCAACUGCAAAGGGGAUUGUUUUGCUUUUGGGUUCACCUUACCAGGCAGGCUUAAAAAAAAAAAAAGUACAGGAAUGGCAACCUAUUAUAGCAUGUCAGAAAUAACACUUGAAUUGUUCUGCAAACCCAGUGAAGUCUUAAGAAAGAGUGAAAGCUUUAGGCUUGGCAUCCGUGAGGAGACCUUAUUUUAACAGAUCUAGGGCACAAAACAAACUGCUUUGCCUGCCCUAUGAUGAGCCUUAAUUCCCUCCCCUUCGCAUUAAUGCAGAAUAUAACACAUGGGGAAAAUAUCAGGGUGUCUCUCUUUGCUUGUUUGUGUGUUGUGCCAUCCACAAUCCCACUGGGCCACUUUCCUAAAUAAUUGUCUCUAGAUGUGGGAUGGGGAACCUGUGGCCCUACCAAUGAUGUUGGACUUCAGGUCACAUCAGCCCAGCCAGCAUGGGCAACAGUCAGGGAUGAUGGGAGUUGUAGUCCAGCAACAUCUGGUGGGCCGCAGGUUUCCCAUGCUUGUUCUACAGCAGCAAGCCAGACCUGUGCUGUGUGGAACCCUCUGUCUACUUCUGCCACUGUGCCAUGCCCACUUGGUAUAUCACCAUUAUCUGAGGAGCACUAGUUUUUGAGAAGCGGGUGCAGAUUAAGCUGGUGCACAGGAAGCAGGGUGGUAGAAAACAGUGUCUGCAUUUGACAUGCAGACCAUAGCCUGUCCCUUCUUCAGUGAAUUGUGUAAAUCAGCCUGGUGCCUUCCAGAUGUUUAGGAAUACAAUUCCCAUAUGCCCUCAGUUCAAAACAUCUGGAGGGCACCAGGUUGGGGAAUGCUGACUUACACAGCCCCUGUUUUCCCAUCUGGGGUAGUUUCUGUAACAAUGUGGGCAGUGGGCCUCCCUUGCUGAAAGGGGUUCUUGAAGGCACAGGAAGUGGGGCUGGAUACUGCUAAACUUAAGAGUGUUCUCUAAAACCAAACUUUCCUGGCCCAGGAAUUUUGUAAUAGUGUUAUCAGGCUUGCUCUGUUCCCACAAAUCCCACCUUACUCUCUCAAUCAUUUUGGUAGGUAGCAAUCUGUGAGACUGGGUCUUUUAGGAUGUAUCAACACUAUACUCUCAGGUAGUUUCAAACCUCCUUAAAGGUCCCGUCUUUGGAACCCUGGAAAUUACAGUUCUGUUUGGAAUAUGUAGGCCAGCCUUCUCCAAUUUGUUAGCCUCCAGUUGUUGUUGGACUACAACUCCCAUCUUCCUUGGUCCCUGGUUGAGCCUAAAUGGUGUUGGGAGUCUAAUAUUAUCCGGAGAUUGCCAUGUUGGUGUAGGCUAAAAAGAAGGCAGGGGAAAUCUCAGCAUUCUAGCAGACUGCAAAUUCCCAGCAUUCUUUUAAAAAUUUUGGAUUGCUUAUUAAGGUCUCUUCAAAUGAUACAUUUUCUUCUCUCAUCAUAGGAUUGAACCUGUAACCAUUUUUGUGAAGGAAGCCCCUUGUAAGUGGGCUAUGGAGCUGGGAGUUGCAAUCUCGCAAGGUUGCUAGGGUGGCUUAACUGUGUGAAGAAGAUGUGUUGUUGAGUGUAUAACCAUUCAUAAAACCAGAUGUUCUCCAUACAUGGAUGUUGUAAGCAAAAGUUGAUCGUGCUGCCUGGCAGCUGGGUGUGUUUUUGCGUCUGUGUGUGUGUGUGUGUGUUUCUGCUGAAGCAAAUCUUUCCUGACUGUGUUUUGUUCCCGGAAUAUUUCAUUGGUGUGUUCAAGAUAGAAAAUACAUUUGUCCUUUUUCCUGACAGAUUGGUGCAUAUGGAACUGCCCCUCUUCUAUUGUUAAAGCAAUAAAAAACACAAAGAUUGCCAGUAGGUUCAUACAUGGCAAGGAUUAAGCUCUGGACAAUUUUGACCCUCCUGCUGCACUAACUGCUUGGAAUUUGCAAAAUCAUUUUUAUACUCUCAGCUGAGCAUCAGAGUUUGAUCAAGAUGAUGCAACCGAAACCAACGUAACUUGCGUUUAGUAUUUUCUUAAGAAAUCUAGUGGUGUAUGUGUGUGUGUAUGGUGGUGGGUUUUUUUCCAUUCUUUGAAUUUCUACAUAUAAAUUAUCCUUUUUAGUUUGAAAAAAAAGCAACACUUGUAAUGCAAUAUGUGAAUAAUAAAAUGGUGUUUCUUCCCCCCCCCCCCCGGUACACAAGUUUUCCCCCACCCCACAGUGGGUCUUUUGUGUGUCACUGCUUGGCUUUUGAAGUAUUUUGUAUUGGGAAGUUGCAGUUGCCCUGUAAUGGAUUAAUUUGCAUCCCAAAGAAAGGAAUUGGGUUCUCGUUUAGAGGCCUGGUGGUGGCACUAUAUUGCCAAACUCUUAACCAUACUUCAGGUAUCAGGAGCUGACUUAUGAAUUCCCUCCUUCCUCCUCAUUCUCUUCAGGGCAAAUUCCAUUCCUCCUUCCUCUGUCACAUUCACAUUCCAUCUGAUCCAACUUUAACCAGAAUUAACUUUUAAGCAUGCUUCUGAAGGUGGUUUGUGAAUAUUAAGAAGGAUCCCAAUUAAUGUCUCUGCAAAAACGUGGCCUAAGGCCAAGGAGAAGGUUGGAAAGGGGUGCAGUGUGUAAGUUUGAGUACCACACCUGACCUCUUAACUAUGAUUCAAGGCACCCGUCCCCAUCCUGCUGGCUUCCAGAUGCUUUGGACUGCAACUCCCAUCUGCCCUGGCCAGAGCAGCUGUUGCUGGCUGGGACUGAUGGGAGUUGUUGUCCAAAACAUCUGGAAUCUGGAGUGCUUCAGAUUGAGGAUGGUUGAUUUAAGAGAUGUGCAGCAUUAUGGGCAUGCAGUGGUCUACUGUGGGUAUGGGAAAACAAUGGGGAAUUUGGAUUCUGUUAGGGAUCUUUUUAUUUUCUGCUUAACAAUAUGUAUUCUCUAUGAGCAGUUAUGGAAGCUUCCUACAAAAUCUGGCAUUGUUUUUCUUUGCCUUUUUUAAAAAAAACUUUUUAAAGCCUGUAGUUUUAUUAGAUCUACCAAUAGGUCACAAGCAAAAUUGCUACAAACAUGGAGACAAAAUGAAGAAAAGACAGGAAAAGGGUAUCUACCAGUUUUGGUGGGGAGUGGGUGAUGGGAGUCCUGUUUGGGUUUUGUGCGCCUGUGGUCACAUCUGCACCCUAAAGCACAUGGCUUUCUUCCUCCAAGAAUCUGGGAACUGUUAAUUUGUUAAGGGUCCUGGGAAUUGUACCUUGGGGAGGGGUCAGCAACAAUUCCCAGGAUUCCUUGGCACAACCCAUGUGCUUUAAAUGUGAUGUGGAUGUCUGUGUUGGAAGGCCUAGCUCUGUCCACCUCACCCCCUCUGAGAGCACCACAUUCUUCCCCUUCUUGGCUUAUGAGAGAAAAGGCAGCAGCCUGCACAUUUGUGAGAGCUGAUAGGUGGUUUAAAUCUUUCUUUCUUUAAAAAAAAAAGUUUAUGGGUGGGGUUUGGUAUAACAAUGAACAGUUAUUCAGUGGGCCUCUGACGGGGGUGUGGGAUCCCCACGUUGAUGAUGAGAGUGGCCCUCGGAGGCUCCACAGUGACUGCUUUCCUGAAACCUUUGUGUGCUUUUCCAGUUGGCAGGAAGUCCCUUUGGAGCCUGUGAUGUCAUGUCACUAAAGUGGGCAGAGCUUGCCUUAACUCUCACGCCCUUGUAUGAUGAUGUGAAAAGGUGGGUUGAGCUGGUUGCUGAAAUGGGCCCCAGCCCUUGAAAGAUGAGGAACAGCAGGUGGCAAUGGAGGGGGGGGAGUUUGGGAGAAGUAAUGCACCCUCCCCACGCCAUCCAAUCUGCCCACCCUGUCUUCAGACAUGAAGACCAAAUUUUUCUGGUACAGUAUUACUUCACUUUUUCCUGCAUGCCGUGCAAACCUUGUUGUACUCCUCACUGGAAUAAGGACUCCAAACCAAUCCAGUGCAGUGAUGCAGUAUCUAUUUAUUUACUCCCCUCUCUCUCUAACCCAAGUCUAGCAGACAAGAGUAUCCAUGCUGGCUGUUUCUCUUGUAUUUUUUCUUUUAAAUGAGCCUCCCCCCUCCUUGCUAUUAGAUUUCUAGGCACCUGUCUCUCAGUAGUAAUAGACUUUUUGUUUCUUUGGCUUGGGAUACUGAAAGUGCUAGACUAUUUUGUUCCUGAGGUUCAAAGUGCCAAUGAUUUUAUUAUUUUAUUAUUUUUUUCAUAAGAAAUAAUUUCUAACCUUUUUACCCUUACGAAUCAGAGUUUUUUUUAAUUUGGGGUAAAUUCUGAACUUGAACCUAGAAAUCAGUUGGUAUUUUUUUAAACUUAGUUGAUAUUUUAAGGAUGAUGAUGGUGUAUUAAUAUAACAGGAACCUCUACACAAUUUUGGUGUACUGUAGAUUUUAAUUAAAGAUGUAAAAUAUUCAGCCUUUUUUCCUUUG